AUGAACAAUGCUUUGAAGGAAGGGUUGAUGGAAAAGAUGAAGAUUUCUGAAGUGAGAGAGGCCCCCAUGGAUAUGAAAGAGCCAGAGAUGCCGUCUAGAAGGAACGUGGAAAGCCUGCAGCAUGGUCUGUCUGAGAAACAGGAGGAAGAAGCUGUGAGGGUGCACAACGAUAUCAGAAAAGCAGUUUCUCCGGGGGCUUCAAACAUGAAAAAGAUGCGCUAUAAUAAGGAAUUAGCGGCCGCGUCACAAGUUUGGGCUGACUCCUGCCUAGAAGGUCAUUCAUUACGGGAAGCUGCCGGUGAAAACAUAUUUGCUUCAACCGGUGAUGUGAUUAACGUUACGCAGGCCAUUUAUUCGUGGGAUGACGAGAAAUGGGACUACGACUAUGAGACAAACACGUGUAAAGAAGGAAAAGUGUGCGGACAUUAUACACAGGCUGUCUGGGCACAGAGUGAUCAAGUUGGCUGCGGUUCUACAAACAAGUGCACAGACAAAUGGAGAACACGCAUCGUUUGUCAGUAUAUCGCAGUUGGAAAUGUACAAGGAAUAAAGCCAUACAUGACAGGUGCCCCCUGCAGUGAUUGUAAAACAUGUGGGUAUUCGUGUGACAACGGCAUGUGUAUAAAGUCUGAUGUUUACUCUGAGUCGUGCUGUCAAUAUAACACUUUCUCUGACCCUAAAUACCAUGUUCAACAUGGUGGCUUAUGA